UGACCUUCAUUUAUAACUCCCCACAUACCCUUCCAUCACCGUUCCAGUCUUCCGCCUCUCUCGCUUGCGACGCUACCGCAUGCAUAUGGAAGCCCGGUACCGCCGCGGAAGGAGAUGCCGAUGUUUGCCAAUAUUAAUUUCCGAACGUGUAGUUCGUCCAUAAAUCUUGACGUCGCCUCCUGGCUUGUUUCUCUCGACCACCGAGGAUCAAUUCCCCUUGCCCUCUUGCCCCUGCGCCGUCUGUCUCAUUGGUUUUUCUCCUUGCACGGCUGAGCAGAGCCCUCGACGAACAUGAGGCUGUCAUCCGUGGUUCUCGCUGCCUCUCUUGGCCUGGUCCUUGCCCACGGGAAUCAUGGUCAGCACGUCCCCAAAAUCCUAGGAGGCAGGAAGUUCCUCGCUGCUCUGCAGGCCCGGAGGAGCACAGCUCCCAAUCCGCAGGGCCCUGUUAGGAGGCAGGAUAUGCCCGUCAAGCGGGGAGAGCACUUGAAGACCCGGCAAGUUGGCGGCGUCGACGGACGAUGCGGUCCGGGCAUCGGGAGCUGCGCCUCAGGGUACUGCUGCUCUCCCGAAGGCUGGUGCGGGAAGGGUAUCGAUUACUGCAGCGCCCCUGACUGCCAGUUGAAUUACGGUUCCGGCUGUGACGCGAACCAAAAGCCCAGCGGAGCAGACACUUCCGGGGUUCCCCGCCCCAAGCUGGGCAGCGUCCCCUAUGGAGGAGCGGGUAUCUACGACUGCGUAAACGCGGGCGAUAUCGCCGUGACCUUCGAUGACGGGCCAUACAUUUACACAAACGACCUGCUGGACAAACUGAAGGUCCGUCGUGAACGGGGCAUAUAAUUUCCACUCUGGGAUCGAAGCGCUGACAC